ACAGGUCAUCAGCAAUAGCGAAUAGCUCGGAAUUUAUUUUGAGACGAAUUCAAUAGGCUCAUGAUUUCCAAGUUUUCUUGAGAGGAAUUUAUCGAGGGAUACUCAGCUGAUGCCAUUGUUGUUAUUAUUACUCUUCUUUCUAUUAUCCAUCGUAUUCUAAUCAGCAAUACCUCCCGUCUUCAUUUUUGUUACUAUGAUUACUACAUUUGUUAAUAUGGGAUUCUCAACUUGCAAUUUUACUGGAUAUCUUCCUGAACUUCUUAGUCUCUCUCAAGGAAAAUGGAUGAUUACACCAGCGGAUCUGACUCUGAUUAUACAAAGUACUGGAUUGACUGGUUCUUAGGGACUAAGGGAAAUGAAUACUUUUGUGAGGUUGACGAGGAAUAUAUUCUGGAUCGUUUCAACUUGACAGGACUGAACACCGAGGUCCAGUAUUACUCUCAGGCACUAGAUUUGAUCACCGAUAAUCUUGACGAAAACCUGAAUGAAGAGAUUCGGGACAUUGUUGAGAAAUCUGCUCGUCACUUGUAUGGCUUGAUCCAUGCUCGAUUCAUCAUCACCACUCAUGGACUUACAAAGAUGCUGGAAAAAUUCAAAAAGUGUGACUUUGGACGCUGUCCUCGAGUUCUUUGUCAUAAUCAUCCACUUUUGCCUGUUGCUCUUUCCGAUAUCCCAUACACAAAAUCAGUCAAGUUGUUCUGCUGCCGUUGCGAGGACAUUUACAACCCUAAAUCGACUCGUCAUGCAUCAAUUGAUGGUGCCUAUUUCGGCUGCAGCUUCCCCCAUAUGCUUUUCCAAGUCUACCCUCAGUUAGUCCCCCCUAAGAGCACUGACCGCUAUGUGCCUCGUAUCUUUGGAUUCAAGCUGCAUGAUGUUGCGAAGCAGCACAGAUAUCAGGACAUGAUUCGGGAGGAAAGUCAUGCAAGGAUUAUGGCUGGAAUCGAGGGUCUGCCCACCACAGCUGUUGUUGUGCAGAGUUCGACCUCGGCUAGGGAUGUCCAACAACAAAACCACAAAAACAACAAGAGCAUUGAGAGCGCCACUCCUACCAUGACAGAAUCCGGCGCUAUGGCAGAUGUGAAUUAAAAAGUGGCCUAAAGAUGUCGUGUUGCGCGGACUAGAAACGGUAUUAAGAAUCAACU